GGCAGCAGAACAGCCGUCUCCCCGAACACAUGUUAAAAGUCCCGCAAACCCCGAGGAGGAGGGACGCAGUCAGAAACACAGUGACAGACAGAGAGAAAGAGAUAGAAGCAGAGGCAGACUGAGGAGGAGAGAGAGAUAUUCGAAGGAGAGAUAAAGGCAGGAGGCGGGUUGGGCUGGGGGGGGAGGCACACACAGCGCUGUGUGUGUGAAGAGGAGCCUCAGAGCCUGUGCGUGUGUUAGUUAGAGAGAGCAUAGCGCAGAGGGAGAGCGUAUGCAGCGUGAAGGAGGAGAAGAGCAGCGUCGGGAGAGUCAACGCAUGUUGCCAGAUUGAGAGAGACAGAAGCAACGAGGACUAGGAGGAGGAGAGGGAAGCAAGGAUUUCAAGUGCUUGAGGGAACGUAGAAAAGAGGAGAGAGAAGGGGAGGAGAGGCAGUUUGGUCUCAGUCAAGUAGAGAGGCAGACAGGGAGCAGUGUAGAGCCGGCAGUACUGCAUUGUGGAUGUAAACUUUAUCAUCUGCGGGAUCAGUGGGUAGCAGCUGCAGAGCAGGAGGAGAGCGUGCCGGUGGAUUACCAUGUGUGUCCUCUGAAUGCACCAGGAUGCUGCACCUCCACCAGGGGAAAAGCUGGCCGUGGCUCGCUUGCAGAGGGAAGUCGCACGGAGCAAGAGCGAAGGAACAAUGCGAGAAAAGCUGAUCCACGAGCUAGAGGAAGAGCGACGCCUGCGACUGGAGAGUGAGAAGCGUCUCCGGGAAGUGACAGAGGAGUCAGAGCUGGGACGGGCGCAGAUGGUUUCACUGCAGCAGCAAUUCACCAGGAUGGAAGAGACGGUGCGGUCGCUGCUGCAGAAUCAGGGCGUUGUGGAGCAGACUGCUGUGGACACAGUGGACAUCAUGAAGGCCUACAAGGAUAAACUCUCAGAGGAAGUGCAGAAACAGCAUGAUGGCCCCGAAGAGAAUAGCUCCCUGCCACAAACGGAGCCAGACCCAGGGCUUGAUCCUGAUGCCAGCCAAGCAGAAGAGGACAAAGACAAAACCAAACUCCUUCUGGAUCGCCUCAAGGCCCUGGAGGAGAAGAAUUCUGCUUUGGCCUUGGAGAAUGAGAGCCAGAGGGAACAGUAUGAACGCUGUCUAGAUGAGGUUGCCAAUCAAGUUGUGCAGGCACUUCUCACCCAGAAGGAUCUGAGAGAGGAAUGCAUGAAGCUGCGAACUCGAGUUUUUGACCUCGAGCAGCAGAAUCGGGCGCUGGGUAUUCUGUUCCAGCAACGGAUCAAGCCUGCCUCGGACCUGCUUCUCCAGAAACUCCACUCUCGGAUCAUGGAUCUAUCUGCGGCAGAUUUACUUCUGGAGCCAGAGAGAAGCAAGGCCUUCUUGCUUUCCAGGAAUACAGACUCUCCCUCCAGUGAGGUUCAGUUGAAUGGAAAGGCAGGUCUCCCUGUGGCCAAGUGUCUGAGCCAGCUGAGUCUGACAGUGCCGGCGCCUGUAUACCCACGCAGCAGCUGUAGCAGUAGUGAGUUGUCCCUGUCAAGUGCGUGUAGUGAAUUCUCCAGUGGCUCCUACACCUGGAAUGAUGGACGCUCCUGUGGGAAAAUGUCAUCUCUGACUUGGGAGAAGAGGUUGAGUUUGGGUUCAUCAGCCCCAAGUAAUAUCUGUGCCGCCCUUGAGGAGCAGCUGCCCACAAGGCGCAAGGAGAGCAAUAUACUUGAGGGAUUGAGAAAGCUCCAGAGGAGGAAACACAGGAGCUCCUCUGCUUCAUCCAAGGUCUCAAAGUCAGACUGUAUGAACUCCAACGAGGGCAUCUAUUCUCUGGGUAUCAAGAGUGGCAGUAAAGGGGUGUCCAAGCCUACCCAUGUGGGUAGAACUUCAGCUGCUGGGGGCAAAAAGUUCUCUUAUGAUUCUGAUGAUGCUGAUGAUGAAUUGGCACAUUCCAGUCGAGGAGAUAACAUCCCCACUAAGGACAGCUGGUUUUACUGUAAGAGGCUCUCCCGCAGCAUCUCAGACAGUUUGUGCAGCUGGGAAGGGAUACAGGACAGUGGAGGUGGAGGUGACGGUAGCUCAGGUAACAUGGCUAUGAAACACCCUUCUGGGUGUGACUCAAAAGAGCGUCCUGACAAACUCAUGAGUUUCAUAGACAGUUUUCUCCCUGAGGGCGGGCGGAUAUCAGCUUUUACUAAACCAUCCUUGCUGCACUUCAACCCUGCUGACCCAGAGGGUCCUAAUCACCUCUCUGACGUGGAUGAUCCAGAGGACCUCAACUCUGAGUCUAAUGACAUCCGAAUGUCCUUUAGCCAGCCACUGGAGCAGGAGGAGAGGGACUCCAAGAGAGUGUCAAGAGAUGCUGCCAAGCUGCUCACACAACAGUGCUUGCGAAGGGAACAGGGACGCACCCAGUCUGCAGAUGGGAGGCCCAGGCCUUUCAGCUUAAUUAAGGAGCCCAAAGGGGCCAAGUGUACUCAGUCUGAGGAGAGCAUACUGGCAAUAUUUGAUGCAGAAGGAGAGCCUAUUGAACUUUGUGCUCAUAAGCUCACAACAGGUGUUGGGCUUCGAAAUGACAUUCAAAAUAGCAAGGUAGUUGCUGAUUACACAGAGCUAGUGCCCCAAGAGAGGCCAACAAGGCAAAAAUCAGCAAAUACAAGAAACUACACUGUUCUUGAGUCUCCAGAGAAACCAUCUGAAUGUCAAAUUAGGUCUAGUAAAACAAGCAAUAGCAGGGAGGGCAGUGCAGAGAGGGUGUCAAUGCAGCUGACUCCACAAAGGAAACUUAUCAAACCACCAAGCAGCCGACCUAAUAAAGGCCAUUCCAUCCCUCCCAUGAGCGAUUCUACUGCUCCCAAGUCCAGUGGUUCAAAGAUACCCGGUUGUAACAAACCUUCAGGGUCCCCACUGAGAGUGUCAAAGGGCUCUUCCACUGAACCAAGUAAUUGUGGAAACUCAGGACUCUCUAGUCAGGAGAAAUCCCCCUCCUCUCCUGCAGUUAAAAUGUCCAGGUUCAUAAAGACUUCAGGAACCUGUUCACAGAGCCCAAAGGAGGUGAACUCCAAGCUCCCCAGCAGGGCCGAGUGUAGUAAGGGUUCCUCCUCCAGUUCCCCACACCUCUCAAGGAGGCACCUGGAGUAUGCUGACAAUGGUGAACAGCCCACCAGAGACAAACACUGUGAAACCAGCAAAAAUAAACUCAGGUCCCCGUCUCCUCCCCCUCCCCCAGGCCGCACCACCUCCUUACUAAUCAGACCAAAUUACGAAGGGUCGCCUCAAGCACAUAAAACAUGGGUGGCUCAAACAUCCACAUCAACCACUGUGAGGGGCCCUCCCCCAAGUUACCACACCUCACUUGUACCAAAUAUGCAAACAACGCUACCCAUCAAGGAUAAAGACUGUUUAGACUUGGAUGCAGGCUACGGGACUGCACUUGCACCUCAGAGACUGGUCGAGAAAACCAGUCAGCACCUUCAAAAGUCCCCUGCCAUGACUCAGACACCUACAAAAGGCACUUCCAAGAGGAUGACCACAAAAGACUACCUCCCUUCUGCAAACUCAGGGUGUGCUCCAGAAACUGAACAUGCACCUAAAAGCUCAAAGAAUGUCCCUCCUCCCUACAGUGCCCUCAGAGGGUCCUCGCUUCAGAACUCAUUUGCAAGUAAAAGAGGAUCAACCCAUGAAAAUGUCUAUCAGACAGUGCAGAAGACAUCUAUUAGUUUACCUUUAUCGCUUCAGGAUGCCCCUCAAGGUAAAGCAGAGCCACAAAAAGCUGUUGUCAGCCCACCAAGCUCGGUUAUUACUUCCCCAAACACUGCAGAUAAAGCCUCAAAGACUCGCAUCCCAAUGGGGUUUAAAGCUUUUUUAAAAUCUCCCCCAAGCCAUAAAAAUAGUCCCUCUAUACCAGGCAAGCAAGAGAAAGAUCAUAUCAACUCAGUCUCCAAAGAAACUGUGACCUCAAAUGCUUCUACCCAGUGUGACAGCUUGCAGCCAGCAUUCAGUAUUGAUUCGCCAUCCAAGAUGUCAGAGGGGAAAGGUGACGUCCGGUGUAGGUUACUGGAAGAAGAAGAAGGAGUACAAGCUACAGAGGAAGGGGAGGUUUGCGAUAAAGGGAAAAGGAGUAGUCAGCUUUUCUCUAGAUCCAUAUCUGUUUCCACCAAACCUCAUCUAAAGCCGGCUCUGGGGAUGAAUGGGGCUAAAGCUCGUAGCCAGAGUUUCAGCACCAACUACAUUGAAAAACCCAACAUCAAUGCACUAGAUGGGCUGGGAAAAAUCCGAACACAGAUCAUCACCAACUCAGGUGAAAGGGGGAACUCUUUGUCAAGACAGAGUUCGUUGGAGGUACCAAGUGUUGGGUUAACAGACAGCCCUCUCCAUUCCCCCAGGACUCGGCUUAGCCACUAUGGAGGCAUGACAGGAUCAAAUAGUCACAACAUCCUCCCUGAGAGAACUUCUAAAUCAGGCUCCAAAGGUGAAGGGUCACAGGGCACAGCGAAGGGAGAGGCAAUCACUUCGCCUUCUCAAAAAGAGGCACGUAGCUUACCCAUAAGCGAUCGAAUUGGUAUGAACAACAUCUGUAAGCCAGCAAAAGUUGCCUCUCAUCCUCAGUUUCAACCUCCCUCCUCUUGUGUGUAUAGCUCAGAAAACCCGGUGCAAGAGACGCCUAAUGAGCCGGACUUUAGGAGGGAAGUCAAAACCCAGACAGACUCUCCAGAUACAGAGGAUAAAAAAAACAGCCCAACAGUCUGCACCAUUGAGGAGAAAGUCAUGAUGGGAAUCGAAGAGAAUCUGCAGAAAUGUCAAGAACAGGAGAAGGUCGCUGCCAGCGAGGCCAAACAGAAGACAGGCCCCUCUCUGGCAAACUGGUUUGGCCUCCGUAAGAGCAAGCUCCCAGCUCUUAGUGGUAAGAAAGCAGACUCCCCCAAGGGGAAAGAGGAGAAGAAAGAGCUGAAGAUUGGAUCAGUGCUUGGAGGCAAACAGAUGAAGUCUGACAAGAAGAAGGAUAAGAAGAAAAAUGAUAACCAGCAGAGAGACAGUCAGGAGGUGCAGAAUCUGUCUGAGAUGAACAACAAGCUGAGCUCCAUCAUGGACCACUGCAACAACCAGAUGGGCCAGAUUGCCAGCCAGAUCCAGUGUACAACUGCCUUUAUCGGCAAAGACCAGUUUGUGAAAGAGCUUCUUGGCAGGACUGCUGUGAAGGGCAACUGCGUGGCUGCGUCGCCGCCUGGGAUCUCCACGCCCAAGAAACACAGCGAAAUGAAGGGAGAUAUGGAGAUCUGUCCAGAUACUGCUAACCUUAUAAUGACUCAGAAGAUCAACCUGAGGGCUGAAAAUGAGGAGGGACGCAUUCCAGACACAGCUUGUCAAGACCACAUGAUAGGCUCCGGCUGUCAGAUGAGAACCCUGGACAGAGGGAUCGGCACUUUCCCUCUCCCCGAUUCCGUCACCCGGGCCAGCGGUCGCCACAUCCCCAAAUCUGAAUCCAGCCCAGGUGGGGUGACCGCCGGCUCCUCUGACCACAAUCGGGAGCCUCCCUCUUCGCACCCAGACCCCUCUCAACCUCAUGUGAAAGUGCCUUCCCUCCCAAAAUCCUGCCCGCAUGCCCCGACUGGCAUGGGUCACUCGCUGUCCGACCCCAGUGUGUCCUCCAGCAACAACGACACCCAGAGCCGCCUGCCCAAAUUAGCAACCUCAGAUGCAAUCAGGACAAAGAGGUUGAGUCUUUGUGCUCCACACAGCAACAUCUCCACAGAGGAUGAAGACAAGGAAACAGAGAGGAGGAUAAAAUCCCAGGAGCAUGAUAUGCCCGGUGAGAGAGCCCUGCAAGUGUGUACGUACCCGGGGAGCAGCAGUGACACCGAGACUGAACCAGAGGGAACCGGAAGCUUGCCACAAAGGACCCUGAUCAACAGAUCUAAGAAUAGUGACUCAGUCGACCAGAACGAGGAGACCCUGAAGAGAAGCAGUGUGGAGAAAUCCUUGUCAAUCAUGGACUACUACCAGCACGACAUGUACUCACAUCUGGAGAAGGACAGCAGGAGGAUUUCUCAGUACAACUUGUUGCAUAAGGAGUCAUCCCUGGAUGGCAGAGCAGGAGACAGGCUCAGCAAAGAGAUUCCCAUGGAGAAGACACCUGUCAAUGCAAACCCGCCUCUCGACUUCUCCCUGGAGUCCCUGAACAAGCUGAAUCACAGCAGCUCCAGCAGCACCAGCCUCGGCAGCCGCAGAGGUGACUGCAACGCCGACACGGGGAAAAGAGGGGAGGACUGCUGCAAGGUGGACGAACCCUCCUCCUCCAGCUUCUCAAGCAAGCCCGGGGCGGAUCCUGCGGGCUCCCUCAGCGACUCACUGUACGACAGCUUCUCCUCCUGCACCAGUCAGGGCUCCAGUGAGGUGUAGGGGGCAACGAGUAAGAAGGCAGGGCUGCAGAGUCUCCUCUGACAUCUUGGACAUGUCAAGUUUAUGUCCACUUUUUCUCUCCUUGUCAAAUUUUUAAGCAUGAAUUUUGCAAGUAAAAAAAUACUUCCAUCACCAGAAAAAAAAAAUGUUGGCAUUGUACGUUUUUGCAAACCAUGGAUAUGAUAAAUUUGCACAGUGUUUUGCAGUGGAUAUGUUUCAGCAACACUGAUUAUCGUGUGGUUAGGUUUAGACAUAAAAACCACUUGGUUGUGGUUAAAAAAUAGAUGAUAUUUUGGCUUAAAAUACUUGGUUUGGGAGUCACAAUCACAGCAGGACAAGCAGCAAUGUCUCAGUAGAAAACAACCACUAUUUUUGGUACAAUCCCUGCCUAGUUUGGUGCCUAAAAAGCAGCUGAAAAAAACACUAGAAACACACCGACAGGUUGCUACAAAACACCCAGAGCUGGAGCCUAUAGCUGCUGGAAACACGGCAGUGACUCGUUAAAUCCCACCAGUUUUGUUGUUUGUUAGUCUUGAUUAGUGGUCUGCAUCGUGCCUAGGUGACUAGUCACCAACCCCUCCAUCUCCAGAUGACAAAUUCAGCACAUAUAUAUUACGUCACAUUAGAAACAUUGAUAAAAUAUCUCUAAAACGUUCAAAUAUAACAUAUUCAUGGUUUGCGGAAAAAUACAAGUUGGGGCGAGCUGGUGUGUUCUGGUGUUGGUCCAAAGCCUCUUUGGAUCUGGUUUUGAUCAUGCUUUUCUUUCCCCUAAGUUUGGCAAUGACGUGGUCUUGACUUUAGGUCUGCCACAACACACGGAGCCCUGCCCUCUCUACAUACGACACAAAGCACUUAGUGGAGCUGGAGACACGAGGACAAGACCUCAACCCAAACACCAAACCAGGACUUUUAAUAGUUUGACUCUGGGUGCGGUGGACUGGACAGCAAUACCCAACGUUGUCUCAUUGCAAAUGUUUUUCUCCCCAUGCUGGGGAUCUUCUUAUCAUUGCACUGUAACAAAUACUGUACAAAGUUUGUAAGGAGUGUAAAGUGAACGAUUAUUCAAGCAGCGAUAAGCAGGGCGUCUUUUUGGGGCAACACUGGUUGGCGUACAACAAAAUCGUUUGCAUUCCUGUUUGCUAGGAAAGUAGAUUUAAACCUAAGGUGUCAUUUUAUGUUUUGCUGCUAAGUACGUUGCCCGUUGAAGUUGCCCAAAUAUUGUGGAAUCACAACCUGUAAUAAUCAACCUGCUUUAUCUUCUCCUUUGAAGCAAUACUUUUAAAACUAAUAGGAUUUAGCUUUUAUUUCAUUUCUGUUCAUUUUAAAUUGUGUUGUUUUGAGCAGUUAUGCUGCCAAGAACGCCAAGAAAACAGAAAUUGGUGCAAAAAUGAUCACCAUUCAGCUAACAAUGUUUUUUUUUAGCAGCAGUGAUGUCAACUAUUGUGUUUCCAUGUGGUACAUUAACCAAUACGAAUAUUUUUCAGUGUCUGACCGGUACACAUUUACAACAAAUUAUCAGGUUUUUUGGCUUGAACGCACCCAGUGUCAUUGUUGGUAGCUCAGGGAACAUACUGGACUAAUGUAGAUUGUAAAAUUUUGACAAAUACAAACAGCAAUCUUAUGCUUUUUUUGUUGUUGUUUUUCAGUUCCUGAUGCAAACUCCAGAAUCCAAACAGCUUAGUUUAUCUCAUGUAGCGUAGUGUAUACCUGAACUCUCCAAACCUCAGUUUUCCUUUCAUAGUUGUAUAUUAUGUUGUAUAUAAAAAUAAGUUAAUAUCAGAAUGGGCAUUGCUGAUUGAUAUAUGCAAAUAAGUAAAAAAAAGAUGUAAAUUGUUUGCCAAUCAUUCAACCAAGGUUUUAAGUUUUGAAAAUCUUUUUUUCUUAUGGAAUUCUUUAGGGGUUCUUCUUUAAAGCGAAAUCUUUAUUUUGAUCGAUAAGACUAAAAUAUUUUAUCACUUUAUUUUAAAGACAUAUUUGAGCUUUUAGGUGAGCCAAAUUUCUCUCUGGAAUUUGACCAGCUGGUGCUAAUCAACAGAGCCGACUGUGUGUUUCAAUUUUUCUAUGAAACUGUUAAUAUUGUAUGAAGAGAGUCUGAAGUGUGUAUUUUUCUAGGUGUCCAGUAUUUAUACCCACAUUUUGUACUGUCAGACUGUAGUGUGAUUGUCAUGCUUCACCUCUCUCCUUAAAUGUUCCUUUGUAAAGAGAAAUGGUUACCAGCAGUGUUACUUUGGUAAUUAUUAUUAAUGUUAUUGUUAUUAUUAUUAUUAUUAUCAUUACUGUGUGCAAUUUUGUCUGUUACACCAGACUUUAAUGCUAUAUUUUAUGUAACUAUUUCCUAAAUAAA